AUGGUGAAGGACAGGAAUGAGAAAAAAAGCAAGAGAGGGGCAGCUUUUUUGGGUGCUGUGGUGGUGGUGUUGCUAGCCACAGCACUCACCUCCACAAGAACUGCCUCUAAACUCAACCUCUCUCUCUUUUUCAAGAACCCCAAUUCCCGCCUCUGUCCUCAGGAUUCAAAAGGGUACACAGACAUUGUGGACGAUUGCUGUUGUGAUUAUGAAACAGUGGACAUUGUUAAUGCAGAAGUGUUGCACCCUCUGCUACAAGAGAUUGUUAAAACUCCAUUUUUCAGAUAUUUCAAGGCCAAGCUGUGGUGUGACUGUCCCUUUUGGACCGAAGAUGGUAUGUGCCUCUUGCGUGACUGCAGCAUCUGUGAAUGCCCAGAAAAUGAAUUUCCAGAACCUUUUAAGAGGCCCUUGCUCCAGGGCCUUGCACCUGACAGUUUUGUGUGUAAAGAGGGAAAGCGGCAGGGGACUGUUGAGCGGACGCUAGACAGUAGAGCUUUCAGAGGCUGGGUUGAGACAGAUAAUCCUUGGACAAAUGAUGAUGAGACGGAUAAUGGUGAGAUGACAUAUGUGAACCUUCUUUUGAACCCUGAACGUUACACUGGCUAUGCUGGUCCAUCACCGAGAAGGAUAUGGGAUGCUGUGUAUUCUGAAAAUUGCCCGAAAUGUUUGGGAAGCUUAUAA